AAAAAGUAACUAAAAACUUUCACAAAUGUCGCUAAAAAUAUAUUCAGUUGCUGUUUCGAGCAGCCAAUGCACUUCGAUACGUAUGAAACCUUUAAAUUUCAGUAACAUAGCAUAGCGUCUGAACCAUAAAUCUGAGUUUUAUGCUACAACGCCGGUCGAGAGCCUUUGGUAUGAAAAAGCAUUCUUGCUCGAGAAAAUGUUCACAAAACUUGAAUUUGGACCCAGCUUGGACCAAAUGUCAAUGUUGUACCGUAGAUCUAUAGGCGUAGAUAAUACGCGCCAUGGCACCAGCGUUUAUCCGCCGCAAGAAAGCUUAAGGCCUGGGGCAAGAAUUCUGCAAGGGCUAGGGCACUCAUUGCCAGAUACCUUGCUGAUCCCCGCCGGCUCCCUUUGAUCAACCUUACUCGCGGACGAAGAGCCCUUCGUUUCGCAGCACCCAAUCCUCGCAGGCUACAUCUCUAGUUUUCCAAAGAAAAAAAGGUAUCCGUAAUGACAUCGAUGAGUGAUGCUUUAGACAUUUGCAGGAAGGGAAGUUUAAAUUCAUCUAGCCUCGUCAAUGCGUCUGCAUUGUAAAUUUUGCAGCACAAAUAUUUUUGCGUUUAUUAUUAGGCACAUUGCUCGCCCAUCUGUAUGAUCUAGAAUGAAGGUAAAUAACCUUUCACACAAACAUCGAUAAAGGUUUGUUAAAAUGUAUUUAUAAUAGUGAAGCGCAAAUAUGUUAUAACGACAACUUUCCACUUGACCCUGGUGAUGACUUGCGCUCCGGUUGUCGAAACGUCAGUCACCACAACCGACAACAGUCCUUCUCAGUACUAAACUCACCGGGUCGAUCAGAUUACGCUCUCACAAGGUCUCCAUAAUAAUCGUGGAAAAUCGUGCGCGUUCAUUUGCUGAGAUGCACGUGGUUGGAAAAUGCACUUUGGUCACUAAAAUAAUGAAAUUGACCUUUUGAUUUGUUUGGACGAAAUUGAUUCCGUGCCUCAUACAUUUAUGAAGUUUUUUAACCACUGUGGUGGCGAUCUGUUGAAAACAAAAAUUCCAGGCCUCUGGAAUUUUGUUUACUUGUUUAAGAAAUCGCUCUGACAUUUCAGCGAUGUUCACGUCGAAGUGCAAAUGAUGUUAAAGCACCGCAGGAAAUUUCGCGAUGGUCCCACGCACAAUGAGGAGUGCGUUUUUAACAUCAUCAAAAAGGGAAUAGAUAUAGAGGUUACAGCAGGUAAACUGAAGAGGCACAGAAAUAUGGGACGUCUUCCUAAUGGACCAGGAAAUGUCCACAUUUUACAAAGCAAGGGUGCUGAUGUUGGGGUCAUGAAAUUCUACUGUACAGAAUAUUCAACCCACUAUGGGAAAGAUGAUUUUAUUCCCCGGACUGGUCGUCACUCAGGCACCGGAUAUCAGUCUAAUUUUAGACCAGGAGUGUAUUACAGUCGUCGCCUUGAUGAACUUGAUAAUCCAGCGAUGGGUCGCCUUUUGACAGACAACUACACAUCCAUAACCAAGAAACAUUUUUUGCCUUCCAAGGGAUCAGGUGGUGCUGAUCCCUUUUCCAGAGGGCUCUACAUGACAGCAACAAGUGGAUUUGUGAAGGAUAUUCCUGUAACUAUUCCAAGAUCAAGACAGGUGAGUGAUGUACACAUUGACACCAGGGCCAAAGGAACAGUUUAUCCAUUUCACCGUCCCCUGCUCCACACUCUUAAACAGAAGGAUCCUAUCUCCAAGGAAAAUGCCUUUCAUGGACCAAGCUACAUGUCGACUGAGAACCAUACAAGCUUCCUUGGAAAACCCAGUCAAAGAAUGGAUACUUCAAUCAAGAGUGUGGGGUACAAGGAAGGAUCAGGCUUUACACAUGCUUAUAAGGAUGAGCCAAUCACUUUCCACCCAAUGGAGGCUUACGAAGGAAUACGAGAUCCACGAUGGACACACAGGCCAACAGGCUUCAGUAUUAUGAAGAAAGAUUUUCUUCCUGUUGAAUAUCUCCAUGGCAAUGAAAGUCUUCCAGUUUUGUCUCAUGGGUCAGAACGUGGCACAGGAUUCACUCAUGGCACAAAGGCAAGGCCUGUGUUUUAUUCAAAAGUGGGACAGGAAUACACAAGGCUCAGCGACCUUCACCCUCGGGCCCAAGAGAGAGUAAAGAAGAUGGAUCCAGCUGAGUAUUCCAACAUGGUGAACCCUCACUCUUUCGCUAGUACUGCCAAGAUUUCAUUCAAAGGCAAACAGAGAAAUGAUCCUACUGAAGCAGAGAGACUGGGUAAUGCGUCCACAGGAACAAAGGAGCUGACAGGAUACAGCGAAAAUAAUGACCAGUACUUUGAGGCAGCUGAGACCGCAGACUCUCUCAAAAGAUUUGAAACUCAUUACAAUGCUAAGCAUUAUGACAUGAACCCACGGGGCGUGGACCGCUUUGGAACAACUGACGGCAACGUUAUGACUCAGCUACCAAACGGCUUCACCAAAGGAACCAGCGUUCAUACACUGGGACCUGAUAUUAACACUACAGCUGAGCUCCGCUGGCACAAGCCCUAUGUUUCUAGGAGCAUUAAGGCCAGAGAUCCCUUUUACGACGACCAUAAGCAUGACGCAAAGUUGCGUACUUCUGUGCCAAUAACUGCUUGAUGGGUUGAACCGAUCGUUCGACUAGACUUUAUUGCCAACAAGAUUGAAGUUACGAAGAAAUCUCGUCAAAAUUUUUUUCUUUUAGUUUAAUUUGGAUAAUGUGUGGCAUUUUAUAUGUAUUGUAGGUCGAACAUCAGUGUUUGUUGAUUGUAUAUUGAAGAAAGAUUGGUUCAGAGAUGUUCGCUCUAGUUCUACAUCCCCUUUCAUCGGAAACACAUGCUUUUGGACAAAAAGUCUGAUAUCAGUCUAUAGCAUUGCGUUAUGUUAUAGGGGUAAAGAACGAAUAUCUCUCAAAGCCACUUUCUAUUAUACAAUGCCAAGUUCAAAACUAGAACACUAUAAUUUUUUCCGAUUUUUUUUUGCUAAGGACUAAACCCAAGACGAUUGAAUGGAGACAUUUCCAAAGUCACUGGAGAUAUGAGAGCACAUAAUUUAACAAUCCUCAGAAUUAAGUGCAUAAAAAAAGUCUUUUCCUCUAUCGGUCAAGAGUAGCAACUUUCUUAAUCUUAAAACUAGAAAUAAAGACAACAUGAAUUUAACUCC